AUGGUGCAUGGUUUAUACCGGGACCAGACGACGCGCAGCAAGGACGAUCCGUGUCUCUAUGUGUGUGUGUGGUGUGUGUGUGUGUGUGUGUGUGUGUGUGUGUGUGUGUACGAAUGGGAUCGGCGCCAGCUGCGGGCAGAAACCCCUCUCUCUCUCUCUCUCUCUCUCUCUCUCUCUCUCUCUCUCUCUCUCUCUCUCUCUCUCUCUCUCUCUCUCUCUCUCUCUCUCUCUCUGUCCCUCUCUCUCUCUCUCUCUUGCCGGAGUCGUGUCAGCUGUGGCGCACACAACCUGAGCUCUGGGACACUGGCCUGA